AAAAUAUCUCUCUCUUUCUGAUUUCCUCUGUGAAACCUACGAUCUCAAACGUUUCUCAUCUCCUGUGAUCUAUCCACGACCUCUUCAACUAUUAGAGAAAAAAAAAAUGCUCACACGUCACUGGUGAAGGUGGAUCAUAACAUGUGCCAAUACCUAUAAAGCUCGAGCGCGCGAGAUGCACAGAAGACACAUAGUUCACCUAAGAGAUUCUCGAAGUUUCACUGGAUAUCUUCGCUAUGAUUUUACACUCUUCCUGAGAUAUCCAAUGAGCGCGUAAAGGGGUCUUCUUGCGAGUUACACAACUUUUGGAGGCGCUCCAUCAUAAAGAACGUAUCACUGGAACAACACGCACAGGCGCAAGUGGAUUCUUUGCUUUCUUUUUUGGCUUUGCACAUCGCUGGAGAUGUUCGGGCACGAUAUCUGCCUCGUGUCCGCGUUGCUGGCGGCUGCCGGUGCUGUCUUACCGGCUCUGCUGUUGCUUGUGGUUUCGCGGCUGCUGUGGGAGUUCAGGUGGAGCAUCACCCGGGAUCGGACGUGUAAACUCCCACUCCCGCAGGGCUCCAUGGGCUGGCCGCUGGUCGGAGAAACUUUUCACUGGCUUUUCCAGGGAUCCAGCUUUCACAUCUCUAGACGAGAGAAACACGGAAAUGUUUUUAAAACUCACCUUUUGGGCAAACCCCUCAUCCGAGUGACCGGUGCAGAAAACAUCCGUAAGAUUCUGCUGGGUGAACACUCACUGGUGUGCACGCAGUGGCCCCAGAGCACACGCAUUAUCCUGGGGCCCAACACUCUGGUAAACUCAGUUGGUGACCUGCACAAGAGGAAGAGAAAAAUCCUUGCAAAAGUGUUUUGCCGUGGGGCGCUGGAGGCCUAUCUGCCACGCCUUCAAGAUGUCGUCAAGACUGAAAUUGCUAAGUGGUGCGCCGAGACCGGGUCUAUGGACGUUUACACCGCAGCUAAGUCACUCACUUUCCGCAUUGCAGUGCGAGUCCUGCUCGGUCUGCAUCUGGAGGAGCAGCAAAUCACUUCUCUCAAAACCUUUGAACAGCUCAUGAACAACCUCUUUUCUCUUCCUUUUGACACCCCCAUAAGCGGCCUGCGUAAGGGAAUCAGGGCCCGUGAGAUUCUGCACUCUGCCAUGGAAAAGAUCAUAGAGGAGAAACUGAAAAAGCAGCAAACCAGUGAUUAUUGUGAUGCUUUUGACUAUAUGCUGAGCAGUGCAAAGGAAGAUGACUAUGAGCUUACAAUGCAAGAGCUCAAGGAAACUGCAGUAGAGUUAAUCUUCGCUGCUCACUCCACUACUGCCAGCGCAUCAACAUCCCUCAUCCUGCAGCUGCUGCGUCAUCCAGAUGUGAGCGAGCACGCCAGAGCAGAGCUGGAAAGCGAGGGGCUGAUCGGCGACACCCACGGAUACUGCCGCUCUCGUUGCCAUGGGAACUUCAUCAGCGAGGAAAGCGAUGCUGCUGAGAAGAGUACCAGCGAGUGGAGAUCAGCGAUGAAUAAAACAUCGUGUUUUGAAGCAGGAGACAAGGAAGAGGGGUAUCGCUCUCGCACCCACGUCCCUUACCUGAGUUUGGAGAAACUGAGUCAACUUUCUUACCUGGACUGUGUGGUCAAAGAGGUGCUUCGGUUCCUCCCACCGGUGUCUGGCGGAUACAGGACAGUCCUGCAAACAUUUGAAUUAAACGGUUAUCAGAUCCCAAAGGGCUGGAGCGUCAUGUACAGCAUCCGUGACACGCACGAGACAGCAGAGGCAUAUCAGAACCCAGAGCUCUUCGACCCAGACCGGUUCUGCGCAGAUCGAAACGAGAGCAAAACUGACCGCUUCAGUUACGUCCCAUUUGGAGGUGGUGUGAGGAGGUGCGUUGGCCGGGAGCUCGCUUUGAUUGUGCUCAAAACUCUUGCGGUGGAGUUGCUUGCCACGGUAGAUUGCACUCUGGCAACAGAAACAUAUCCAAGGAUGCAGACGGUGCCAAUCGUGCAUCCGGUCAAUGGAUUGCAUGUGUUUUUUAACUACAGAACCCACGGAGUUGAGAGAAAUCGGAGGGAGUCCACGCAUAUAUAGACAAAAAACUUCCUUUAGACAUUGUACCAUAUAGAACGCCAAUGCAUAGAUGUCAAACUGCUUUUGGGAAUCAUAUGCAGUUUCCUUUAUAAUGUUUAUAUAAAGCAAACCGUCUGGAAAUGGAUGAAAUGAUGAACCUGACCCAUUCAUUAGAUAAUGCAAAGUCUUGAACUCUUGUUUUUAGUGAACUUGUGGAAAGGGUAAAUAUCCACUAGAAUGCAUGAAAAAGUUACUUAAACCUGUGUAAAAGUCUGUUAGGUUUGAAUAGCCAAGCCAUUGUGAGGUGCAUGAGGAAAUCUAAAAAAAAAAAAAUCUUAAAAAAAAUAUAAAAAUAUAAAUGCAUUUAAAUUCAUUUAUCUAAACCUUGUAUGUGAUAUAUAAACAAAACCUGUUUUUGUUUUAUGAAAUGAAGUAGGAACACAAAUAAGCUCUAUUUAUAUUUUUUCUCAAGUGAAUAGGAUAGCUCACUAAAUAAAAAAUAAUAUUAUGCCACUUUCUAAUUUCUAGGCCACUGUACUACUAAAAUGACUAGUUAACUAUACAUGCUGUCCUUGCGGAUCUAGUACUUACAGAAGUCACAUAUUGCUUUAAACCAUGUAAAUAGAUGACUAAUGCAUAGUUAUUUGUCUUUAUCAUGAAUGUAAGCUGUGAAAAAUGACCCUUGCGCUGUGAACUGGGGGAUCAGUUUAAAUACAGGGAAGGAGAAAACAAGCAGCACUUUUUCUCCAAAUUAGGAGUAUAUGUGUAUACAUGUUGUAUAUGUUCAAUACUUGUGUAAUACUUCUUGUAGUUCCUGUGCUCAUGUGUUUGUCUUGUUGAAUAGUGCUCAUGUUAAUUUUAUAUCUUUUAUGGUAUCUAUUUUGAAAUGUGUAUUUGGAGCUCUGUUAUAGUGUUUAAGAUGUCUCUGUUCA